AUGUCACCUACGACCAAAACCAAAACCACCGACGAUGACAUCGAAAGCGGCGGCGGCCAAAGCGAGACAACCACCAUCGACAACGAGGAGACACCACUCUUGGUAAGCCAAGGUGAUGAUGGUCACCGGCCAGGGCGUUAUAACGAGACUGUCGAAGAGACCGAACAAAACGAAACAAGCAGAUAUACCCGCAGUUACUUUGCAUGGAGGAUAUUAUGGGCGGUUGCCGCGAUCACCGUGACGGCCGUCUUUGUCAAGGCUUGGGUCGAUGCUGGGGCGGAUGUCAACUUCGAUUUUAAGGGUGCUCUCAAACGGGCUCUGGGGGGUGGUAUAAGUGGUGCUACGGCCAUGGUGCUUCAGGUGUUGCUUUUGAUGCCAUUGCGAACAAUUAUGAACUACCAAUACCGCUUUGGCACCUCGUUCACCACUGCGACCAAGGCUCUUUACCGACAAGGUGGUCUGCGUCGGUACUACGAUGGGAUGGGUGCUGCUCUCUUCCAAGGCCCAGCGGCCCGCUUCGGCGACACGGCCGCCAACGCCGGCAUCCACGCCUUGCUGCAAUCCAACUCCUUCCUCAAGCGUCUCCCCAUCACCAUCCAGGACAUUUUUGCGUCGCUCUGCGCCGCCGCCUUCCGCAUGAUUCUCACGCCCAUCGACACUUUGAAAACCACGCUGCAAGCCCAGGGACCUCGCGGGACAGCCAUCCUCCGCCAGCGCAUCAAGACGGACGGCAUCGGCAGUCUCUGGUGGGGCGCGUUUGCGACGGCCGCGGCGACUUUUGUGGGCAAUUACCCCUGGUAUGCCACGCAUGAUUAUCUACUGGAGAUCAUACCGGAGCCGGCGAAGGACCGGGAGUUGGCAAUCUGGUUGCUGAGACUGGCGUUUGCCGGGUUCGUGGCGAGCGUGGUAAGCGAUUCGGUGUCGAAUUCGUUGAGGGUGGUGAAGACGUAUCGGCAGGUUAAUGAUAAGGAGGUUUCUUAUUCCGAAGCAGCGAGGUUGGUCAUUGUCAACGAUGGCAUCAAGGGCUUGCUUGGCCGCGGGCUGAAGACACGCAUCUUGUGCAAUGGUCUUCAGGGGUUGAUGUUUUCCAUUUUGUGGAAGUUGUUUCUUGAUCUGUGGAACAAGAAGACGGCCCAUCUUUAA